AGUAAUCGGCCUGACGGCUUGGUUCCCACAAUAAUAUCAUGAACAAUUUUCCAUUAAUAUAAAUAUAAUUUUCCUCAAAGUGUAAAAUUUUCUAAGUCAUGACUAGGUGACAGUAUUUUCGCAUCUGACAAUUAAUAAAAGUGAAUUCAAUGAUAUUUUACAUGUUUUAACAUUCAGGAGUAACAAGUUGUGUAGAUUUUCAAAACAUAAUGAAGGCACGAAAGUUGUUUGCCGCACUUGGAGCAGGGAUGAUUUUUGCCUGUUGCAUUAUGAUUUAUUUAAUGCUUGACGUGACCUUAUUUCCUCAGGGUCGAAAUGCUAAAUCUGACGUUAAAGAUAAUCAAUGGUUACACUUUGAAAGUAGACUUGCAAAGAUAGAGGAAGACAUGAAUCGACAUCAUAAAGCUAUGAAUGCCCUUCAAGCUGCUGCACGAAUAAAAGAAGAUACCUAUGAUGAUAAACCUCGUAAUAUAAACCAUGUAGAAAAAUCAAGACCUGAUAGACCUACAAUAUGUACUGUCAAUUUCAAACAACCACCAAUAGUAGACAUUCAGAUGCUUGAUGUUUAUAAACAGUUGAAAUUUGAUAACCCAGAUGGUGGUGUUUGGAAACAAGGCUGGAAUAUAAAAUACAAUGAAAAACAGUGGAAUUCCAACAAAAAAUUGCAAGUUUUUGUCGUUCCACAUUCUCACAAUGAUCCAGGGUGGUUGAAUACUUUUGAAAAAUACUAUACUUAUCAAACCCAGGGAAUUUUGAAUAAUUUAGUUACAAAAUUAUCUGAGGAUAGAAGAAGAAAAUUUAUUUGGGCAGAAAUAUCAUUCUUCAAACUUUGGUGGGAUGAACAAUCACAAUCAACUCGAGAUGUUGUAAAACGAUUAGUGCAUGAUGGACAGUUGGAAUUUGUUAGUGGAGGAUAUGUCAUGCCAGAUGAAGCUGUUUCACAUUGGAUGUCACAAUUAACCCAGUUAACUGUAGGACAUCAGUGGUUGAAAGAAAAUUUAGAUUAUGUACCAAGCACCGGUUGGUCUAUUGAUCCUUUUGGUUUGUCUCCAACUAUACCUUUUCUUCUUAAAAACAGUGCUGUAGAAAAUGCUUUGAUUCAAAGAGUUCAUUAUUCUGUAAAAAAACGAUUAGCACAAGAUAGACAUUUAGAAUUCCGUUGGCGUCAAUUAUGGGAUAAUGAAGGCUCUUCAGAAAUAUUUACACAUAUGAUGCCUUUUUACAGUUAUGAUAUUCCACAUUCUUGUGGCCCUGAUCCAAAAAUAUGCUGUCAAUUUGAUUUCUAUAGAUUACCUAAUUUUGGCUACAGCUGUCCUUGGAAGGUAGCGCCAAAAGCCAUUACCAAAUCUAAUGUGGGGGAAAGAUCUGCAAUGCUUCUAGAUCAAUAUCGCAAGAAAGCGCAACUGUAUAGGACAAAUGUAGUUCUUGUACCAUUGGGUGACGAUUUUCGCUAUGCUCAUGUAACUGAAUGGGAUGCUCAAUUUACAAACUAUCAAAAACUAUUUGAUUACAUGAAUAACGAUCAACAAAUGAAUGUAAAAAUCCAAUUUGGUACCCUGAGUGAUUAUUUUGAAGCUGUGAGAAAUGAAAAGAGUAUUCAAGAGUUUCCUAGUCUUAGUGGUGAUUUCUUUACUUAUGCUGAUCGCGAUGACAAUUACUGGAGUGGCUAUUACACUUCACGACCAUUUCACAAAAGACUUGAUCGUGUUCUCUUAGGAUCUCUCAGAGCAACUGAAUUUCUUAACACUAUUGCCUGGAUGAGAGGUAAUGAACAUGCAAUGGAUGAUAGCAUAGUCAACAGGUUGGAUGUAGCCCGUCUUUGGCAUUCGUUAUUUCAGCAUCAUGAUGGAAUUACUGGCACUGCUAGAGACCAUGUUGUAAUUGAUUAUGCCCAAAAAAUGAUCGUUGCUCUCAAUAAUUCAGCUCAUGUGUUGCAGCAAACAGUAGCGCACUUAUUAAAGAGUCCUCAAAGUGUUAAAAUUGAUAAAGAAGCCUUGUACUUAUCUUUGGAUGAAACAAGAUCAUUCCAUACUAGCCCUGGAGAUAAAUACGUAAUAUCUUUAGGCCAUGACAUAACAUCGAAAAAAGUUUUAUUCUACAAUUCACUGCCACGAACGAGAACAAAGGUGAUGAGUGUUUACGUCUCUACCCCCUAUGUACGGGUUACGGAUAAAAUGGGCCGACCAAUAAUUUGUCAAGUAUCUCCGGUUUGGGUCAGCCCUGCAGCUAUUUCCGGAGCAAGAUAUGAACUAUCGUUUCUAGUCACUGUACCUGCUAUUGGUUUAACUACCUACAUAGUACAUACAUUACAUGGCACAAAUUUGCCCGCCGAAGUGCACCUGGCUAACAUAACAGUCUACAAUAAGAAUAUGCCCCUCUCAGCAGUACCUGGUUUUAGUAAUGUACAGAUUUAUCCUUCGUUACAAGAAUUUUCCAUGAGUCAAAUGCCAGAGCUAUCCGCCUCAUUUAGCAAGACAGGCUUACUAAAAUCUGUACGACGAUCUGGAACGACUUAUCCGGUUCGUUUGGAAUUCGUCAAGUAUGGAACUCGUGGCGCUGGUCAAGAUAAAAGCGGUGCUUACUUAUUUCUUCCAGACAAGCCUGAACCAGAUCUAAUAUCAAUCGGCAAUAAUAGAAUAGUUCAUGUUGUGCAAGGGCCUAUUUUUUCUCGUGUUUUCACCGAUUUACCAUAUGUGAAGCACAUCGUUACUCUUUACAAUUCAAGUGGCAGCGAUGGACUUGGUUUACAUAUUAAUAAUCAAGUUGAUAUAACUGAAACGCAGAAUUUCGAAUUAGCUAUGAGAAUUAAUACCGAUAUAAAGUCUGAUGAUAUUUUUUACACCGAUAUUAACGGAUUGAACAUGAUCAAGCGUCAAAAAUUUACAAAAAUACCAAUUCAAGGAAAUUAUUAUCCUGUAACAUCUGCCGCAUAUAUUCAAGACGACUAUAAUAGAAUGACUAUUGUCUUAGGUCAAUCUUUAGGCGCUACAUCAAUGAAUUCGGGACAAUUCGAAAUUAUGCAAGAUCGGCGUCUAAUGCAAGAUGACAAUCGUGGACUCAGUCAAGGAGUUACGGACACUUUGCUAACUUAUCAUCAGUUCACAAUGUUAUUAGAAAAACGUCAAGAGUCCUGUGAAUAUCCUUCGCCAGGUCAUGAACACCCAGCAGGUUUACUUUCGCUUGCAGCACAAUUAUGCUUAGACGAUUUACUGCACCCAGUUAUUGGUUUGCAUCCUCGGCAAUCUGCCCAGUUUGAACUUAGACCAACAUUUUCCCCAUUGAAUUUAAAUCUUCCGGUCGAUUUGAAUAUUGUAAAUAUGCGAAUUGUACCUAUUCCUGACGGUGCUGGAAAAGGAGUAGGACUGAUAUUGCAAAGACAUGGACUGGAUCUUUGUUGGGGCGAGCCGAACCUGACAAAACGUUUUUCAGUAUCUGAAACCGGCGAAAUAAAUCUUGGCCAAUUGUUAGGUUCUGAGCAAGAUUGGACUAUCAAUGAUGCUCCAUUAACUUUUACCACUGUUGGACCUUCGAGACGUUCCCCUAUUGUCAAUGUAUGUCCUCACCAACUUCUCUCACUUUUAUUUCAUAAAACCGAAUCAUAAAUUUAUUUAAGCAGCUGAAAGUGAUAUGAACAUUUUUUGGUGAUUUGUGUGAUAGCAAUUUUUAAUCAUUAAUAGUAGGCAUGAUUGUUUAUUAGUGGUAGGACUGUUUUUUUAACACCUAGAUUACUUGUACAUUGGCCAAAACUUUCUUGUGAUUAUUUUUAAGCAACCUAAAGUGUAAGCUUCAAAAAGAUUUUGUGUCUGUGUCCUCUGAAAUAUUUAUUAUGUAUAUUUUAAAACGUUAGAAAGAAAAGUGAUAUAGGAGAAUUUUAAAUUGAUCAACUUUUUUUUGAAGUUGUUCAUACAAAUAUAACUCGAGUAUUGUAUAUAUAGAACUUUUUCAUAAUUUAAAAAAGCAAUUGUUAGAACAAUCGUUUGUUCUGUACUGAAUAAAGUAAAUUGUAUUGUAGAAUUAAUUAAAGGUAAUUAACGUGUUUUACUAAUUAAGUUGAACAUGGUCUAAUACAAAUAAUAUAGCUGACAUAAUAAAAGCUUAGGCAAUCGAUCUUUACAUUGUUGCCAAUGCUGUGAUAACUUCA